GAGCAUCCUCUCUCAGUCCUGCCGCCGCCGCAAUUUCUCAAUUCUCUGUUUUUUGUUUGCGAAAGGAAGGAGAAAGAACUUCUAAUCAAGAAGAAAGAUGUCAGCUGAUGAAGUUGCAGUUGUGGCUGAGACUCCGGCCCCAGCUCUAGGUGAGCCAAUGGACAUUGAGACUGCUUUGCAACUUGUUCUUAGAAAAUCAUUGGCUCACGGUGGGCUUGUUCGAGGCCUCCAUGAGAGUGCUAAAGCUAUUGAGAAGCAUGCUGCUCAGCUCUGUGUCUUGGGAGAAGAUUGCAACCAGCCAGACUAUGUUAAACUAGUCAAAGCCCUUUGUGCGGAGCACAACGUUAACUUGAUGACAGUUCCAAGUGCCAAAACCCUUGGCGAGUGGGCCGGUCUAUGCAAGAUUGACUCAGAAGGAAAGGCCAGGAAGGUUGUUGGUUGCUCGUGUGUCGUAGUUAAGGACUUCGGGGAGGAUCACGAGGCGCUUCACAUCGUGCAGAAGCAUGUGAGUUCAAAUUAAUCAUCAAAAUGGUGUCUGCUGAGAGUACAUUUGCUUGGCUCACUUAGAAAGUUUUUGAUCAUUAGCUAUGUUUAGUUGGUGCACCGUUGCAGCUUUAACACCUUCACCCUACAAUGUGUUCUUCUUUGUUGAUUGAUUGGAAAAACUAGUUUUUUAUGUUCCGAGUCCAUUGAUGUGGAGCUCAUUAUUAUCAUUCCGGCCAACAUAACAAUAUUCAUCAAGAGUCUCCUUGCCAUGGGAAAUGUUCAAUUGAUAUUUAUCAUCUUUUUCUUGCUGUAAUUCACUCUUAGAUUUGUCUA